CAGACAGCUCCCUCUGGAAGGGAGUGCAGGGCCAAACCUAGGUCGCGCCGCCCCCAGCCUCGGGGCUGCCUGCCAAGAGUUCAAGGCCACCCCAAUCCGGAUAUGAUGAAAGGGAGCCACAGAGAGAGAAGUGUUUGAAGAGUGUAGGAGUGGCAGCGCGAGGGUGAACGAGACACAAGUGGAUCCUAAAGUCCUUCCCGGAGAGGGGCUGCCCGGAGGGACAGGACAGAGUGUGCAGAGUCAGCGCGGGCGGCUGCCACCAUCGCCACCACUCCCGGGGGCGGCGGGACUUGGUCGGGCUGCCGGGACGUGAUGGGGCCGCAGCCGGAGCCUCUCUGACGACCGGCGGCGGGAGGAAGGGACUUUGAACAGCUCGCGUUGGGUGGGGGGAUGCCGAGAGGCAGGCCGUUUCCUGCACCCAGCACCUAAGCCGCCGGGGUCGGUGCACCCCGCAGGGACGGCGCGGGCUCGGAGCGUGGCCCAUGUCCGGCGCGGGUGAAGCCCUUGCUCUCGGGCCCGCGGGGCAGCUGUGCCCGGCCGAGGCGGGCGGAGGCCGGCUGAGCUCCCCGGCCCACGAAGCAUGUAAUGAGGACAAUACUGAGAAAGAUAAAAGGCAAACUACCAGUAGCCACACCAGGUGCGGGCUGAUGCGGGACCAGUCCAUUUGGCGAAAUCCUUCCGAUGGUGAACUCGUUAGAACCCAGCCUGAGCGUCUGCCUCAGCUGCAGACAUCAGGACAGGAAGCCAGCGAGGAGGAAACAGGCAGGCUAAAGAAGGGCGGCCUCACAGUCACAGGCGUGAGCAGUGGGAAUGGCAUUCAUCACGGAGCCAAGCCUGCAUCCGUGGACAAUCACAGAGCGUCAGCUCCAGUUGCUCAGAAGAUGCACAGGAAAAUUCAGUCCAGCCUGUCUGUAAACAAUGAUAUCAGUAAGAAGAGUAAAGUAAAUGCUGUCUUUUCCCAAAAAUCAGCUUCCUCACCCGAAGAUUGUUGUGUCCACUGUAUCCUGGCAUGCUUGUUCUGUGAAUUCCUGACCCUCUGCAACAUUGUGCUGGGACAAGCUUCUUGUGGCAUCUGCACCUCGGAAGCCUGCUGCUGUUGCUGUGGCGACGAGAUGGGCGAUGACUGUAGCUGCCCCUGUGACAUGGACUGCGGCAUCAUGGAUGCCUGUUGUGAAUCCUCAGACUGUUUAGAGAUCUGCAUGGAAUGCUGUGGCAUCUGUUUUCCUUCAUAAAGAUUUAUCUCUUGUUUGUACUAAAACUGGAGACAACUUUACAAUAUUUCUUGUAGGGGAAAGAAAAGCACAUGGUAAGAUUCCCAUGAAGCAACUCAGUAUUUGCACUGUUUAACUCAUUUAAGUAAUCUCUGAAAUUCUUCCUCUUUUACCAGAUGCAUGUGGUUUUAAUAUGUGAAGUUUUAACUGACUAACUGGUUUUUGAAGCGUCUUCAUAGAUGAAAAUAAUUUGAAGACAUUUUGGCACACACAGCCUAAAAUGGUUAAAUGUCUUCUUUCUCUAGACAUGUCCCUACCCAUUCUGAGCAGUUCUUUGCUCUAAAUACAACAUUGCUCAGAAUGUAUUUAAACUAGAUCACUUUGAUGUUUAUCUAUUAGACGUUAAAAGCAAACAUUUUUUUUUUCAUUGUAAGUAAGCAGAUUUUGGGUAGAGCCGUAAACAGAUGUGGGACCCCACUUGUUGGUCUCCUCUGGGCUUUCCACCUCUCUUGUUCGCCAGAGCGCACCUGAGGAAGAUCCUGUUGCUCUCAUCCAGAGCAGCAGGAAGCAUGAUGGAGGAGAACCAGAGGGGAGCUGUAAAGAAUGAACCAAGUUGUAAGACAUGUCUGCUGCAGGACUCUAAUGGCAAGAGGCCAUAGGAACAACCAGAUGCGACAGUUAUUGCGGACGUCCUGAAGGAGGAUGUGACAUUGUGGAUGCCCUAGGAUUAGCUACUUAAAUUUAGGAAAAAGUUGAAGGUGGAUGACCUGAACUGUCUGUGCUCUGAGCAAGUGAAAAGGCUUGCCUUCAUUGUAUAUUACAGCAACACAGCUCUCUUAGAACUGUAUAAUCUGAACUAAUGCAAAUAUGCACUUUCCUACACAUAAUUUAAGUGUUAUAAAUUUUAAUGAAAACAUAAUACCUUGUUAACAUAAUUAUAUUUUACCAAAAAAAAAUGUAGAACACUUUUUAACAACGCUCAUUUAAAUGAUUUUUUUUCUUUUCUUUUCUUUUCUUUUUUUUUCAAGAUUAAAAUAAUCCCAGUAUUCAUUGGGGUUUUUCCAAAGCUGGCUUAUAUUUGGAAAGAUUCAGUUCUUUAUCAUGCAGGGGUGGUGUGGGGGUCUAUUUAUUUUCAUUGGCUUGUAGUCCUAGCCUUGUUGUAUUUCUUAAGUAUGUAAGCUUUGGAUCCACUACAGGAGGACCUCAGAUGUCCACCACCAUCACCAGAUAUCAGGAUUCCAGCUAUGUGUGAAAUUAUGCCAAGUGUCAGAUUAUGUAAAGAUACUAAAGUAUGAGGAAGUAAGUCUGUGAUGAGACUAAUUUUAUAGUGAUGGAGUCAGCACAUGUAGAAGGGAGAGUUCAGUUUCACACACAUCCUCCCAUGUUCUUUUUUUUUCUUCUCUCCAGAUUUAAAAUUUAGUUACAUUGGCUAAUUACUUGUAGGCUCCUCGGAGUAUGUUGUUGUUAGUGGUUCUUUCUAGUUCCAGAUGAAUUUAGAUUGUUAUAAAUAGUGCGUUUUUUGGAAACCUUUAGCCAGCCUAGACCUUCAGGAGACCUAAACUUUUUUUUUUCUGUGAAGACUGACAACAUCACCAGUGUCUUUCCUUUGAAUGUUAGCCUAGUUCAUAAUUAAAUUAUUAUUUUAAAUAUUUUUUGAAAAAGAAAAGUGUGUCUCCUCUCUAGUGCAAUUUACAUGUGCAUAUACUUUAAAUACCAUGCUAAUGUACAGCUGCCUUCUUCUUCAUCCUUGAAGCAGAAGCUUUGAUUUGCUACAUCAAAUAUAAUGGCGACCUUAGUGUUUCCAUAUUCAAAUGUUAGCUUGUGCUUAUAUCACACGAUGUUGAAGAGCCAUCUGUUUAUGGAUAAGCCUCCUAAUGAUUGUUACAAUAUUUGCCUCGUUAUCCUGUAAAACUGUUUAACCAAGAGGCUUGUCUGAUGCUUGAAUAUAUCUUGCUAUGAUUUGCAAUGAAAAUGUUAGUGCAUUAGAAAUGUCUUUCUGUAAUAGAGAACAUUAGUGAAUACCAGAAUUUAAUUUCCAUACUUGUACAUGUUGGACUUUUCUUCAGCUCUGUAAGCCAGGCAAGCUAUUCCUUAAGGCAUUUUGUAUAAUUCAAAAGAAAAAUAGGCAAAUGUGAAAACAGUUUUAGCAUAUUUUAAAAUUUUGGUAUGUAACGUGUUUUGUUGAAUCUUAUGGCCGUCAAGAUUAAUUGCUAUAGUUUACACCUAGACAUUCAGUCUCUUUUUUAAAUGUGGCAUAUUUUCAAACUGGAUCCUGGCUAUUUUAAAAUUAAAAUAUAUAUAUAUGAAUA